AUGCCCAGCUCCACCAAGAAGACCCUCGUCGUCCUGGGCGCCACCGGGAACCAAGGCGGUUCCGUCGCCCGGACUUUUCUCAGCGAUCCAGCUCUCGCGGCCGAGUGGCAUGUUCGGGGCUUUACUCGCAACGCUUCCUCCGUUCCCGCCACCGAGCUAUCAAGGCUGGGUGCCGAGAUGGUCUCUGGGUCGGUCGACUCGGUUGCAGAGCUCAAGGCAGCUUUCGACGGCGCCACCGCCAUCUUCGCAGUCACCGACUUUUGGACCGCCUACGGAACCGAAAAAGUCGCCAACAGAGUCCGGGACGAAGGUGUCGACCGUGGCGCUGCCACGCGGGAGCUCGAGGAGCUCUGGGGCCGGAACAUUGCUCAGGCAGCGGCAGAGACACAAAGUCUCGAGCGCUUUGUUUUCAGCAGCCUGCCGCCUGUGUUGGAACUCAGCCAAGGAAAGCUGAGGCACGUCCACCACUUGGACAGCAAGACCAACAUCGUCAGGCAAAUCGAGCAAGAGCACCCCGCACUGUGGGCAAAGACUUCACAGAUCAUGGUCGCGUGCUACUGCUCCAACAUGUUGCCCGGAUCGUUCUUUGGACCCAAGCGCAACGAAGAAACUGGGAAUGCCGAGUUUGAAGGGCCCAACGACAUCGACACUCCAAUCCCGCUCAUUGACCCCACCGUCAGCACCGGGCCUUUUUUCAAGACACUGCUUCUCGAUGAGCCCGUCGGGACUGUUUUGGCGGCCUACGAUGAGUUGAAGUCUUACCGUGACAUCAUCAAAGUGCUUCACGAGUCAACACGACACCGUUUCGUCUACGUACAAAGGUCUGUGGACGGCCUGGCGGCCGCCUCGCCGCUGGGGCUCGAAUCACCCGAAAGCUGGUUGUGGAUUGCUGAGUACGGCCUCUUUGGUGAAAAGGUGGCUGGGUGGAAGGACUCUAUUAAGUUCCCAGCCGAUCUCAGCGUCAAGGUGCAAACCCCUUCUGUCGAGACAUGGCUGAAGCAACAAGACUGGAGCUUGUCCUCGGCCGUAUGA